UUUCUUCCUAUCUCCCUCCUAAACCUAUCUACUCUGUAUCUGUGUUUUUCUGGCUAAAUAAACUGUUUCAAUUCAAUUCAAACCUAAACUUAUCCAAUUACAUUGUUAUAUCAACAAUUAAAAAUAUUAGAUCUAGAACUCUGUUUGUAACCUUCAACACUGACAUAUUCGUUUCACUGGUGCCGUUUAUCAUGUUCUCACUGAAACACUCAGAGUAAUACAAGCUCUCAGUGGCUUCUUGGGUGAAUCGACUUAGUGUUUGAAGACCUCCUUUUUCUGUAUACACGCUGAUCCAGUGUGAACUUUUAUAAUGAUUAAACUUAUUAUAUACGUUUAUACGGAGUAUCAAUUGAUCCGCUGUUGUGGCUAUUUCCACUACAACUGCCGUUUGUCGCUGACUAGCCGAUCCCUUGUCGAGUUCCCCAGCCAAUGCCUCGCGGUCUAAGGUCGGCUACCAAGCCACGCCUUCCUCCGCUAUAUAAGCCCUCACCUCGCCCUCACCACAACAAAACAUGGAAUCCCAACAUCGAGACCAACAGGAGGGACAAUAGCAAAAAACUGUGAAGGAGGGAUAUACAAGUGGACAUAUCAAGAAAAAUCCCUAAGUGAAGAUUACGUCUGGACGCUAAUCACUAUGGACAAACUAAAGAUUACGACCAAUGACUCUAACACCCUUCUCUACUCUUCCACCGUCAUCCUGAUUCAUUAAUAUCCUCUCUUUAGGCUUCCACAUUAUCUGAUCUACUGAAAACAUUCACUACUCUACGGUGUUUCAGCUUCAUUAUAUCACUUAAAUUGCUUCACCUUACUCUAGAUUCAUUACACAUCUUAGAAAGUUGACCACGAGGGUUUAAGGGAUUUUAAAGUGUCCCGUCAACAUAUAUAGAAAACGGCCCAUAACUUUCUAGAACAUAUGAAAAGUAAUGGCCAUUGAAUUCGACCUAAAUGGGUUAAUUCUAAUUGGGUUACAUCCAUACAGCGAGUUUUGUUAAAUCACAAGAUGCCGGGUUGGAUUCAUCCCUGUCACUCGCCUCUAACACAACGUACCCCCACAAGCCGAGUGAUGGUGUAAAUAAACCAGAUAAAGUAGACACUAUUUCCUUCCUUGGGAGAUACUGUGUGUUAGAGCCACAACACCUCUAGACAGACCGAUAAACCACUGUAGUGUGUGAUCCAUGUGUAUGUUGAUAACCACAAAGGAAAAAGAAAACACGAAAUUCCCAAGUGCUUGCUUUCGUGUAGAGGAGGUCUUAUUUGACAUUUUCUAUUCACCCCUGAAGAUGUAAAAUGCACCUACCUACCUAUAGACGUGUAUACACUACUGUUCUGGCCCUGGACGAUUAAUACCUUUAAAUGAGUCUGUCCUGUUAAACUGUCUCUUCAUUUAGGUGUUAUUAUGUUAAAGUCUGGUAUUGUCUUCUUUUAGGACCGUAUACAGUAGAGUUUGGGAAUUAGGUAUGUUUUAAUUUAUGGUUUACAAAUCUAUGACCGGAUGCGUACGAGUUUUCCUUCUCUACGUUAUUCACAACAACUAUCACUAGAAUGUGUUUAACGUCAGCAGGAAUAAACCGAAUAAACCACCCGAGUCCUCGGUGAUUCGUUGUUACUAAAACCAGACAUCCAUUGAUGGUUGUUGUCAAUUGGCCUAAACCCUAAAGCCAUGUAGGUGACGUAGAGAAGAUACCUGUACACGCAUCAAGAAUUUCACAAUAUGUUAAAAAUUAAUUUCCUAUUAAUAUUUUGGAGGAGCACAACUACUGUAUUAUGGUGAUGCUUCUAUAAAUAAAUAAAUAAAUAAAUAAAUAUAUAUAUAUAUAUAUAUAUAUAUAUAUAUAUAUAUAUAUAUAUAUAUAUAUAUAUAUAUAUAUAUAUAUAUAUAUAUAUAGACAAAGGUCUUGCAUGUUAAAUUUUUACGCCCAUCUAAAAUGUGUAUGUGAACUCUUGUGUAUUUGAAUCAACGGAUGAAACAACAUUUUACCUACUCUUCUAUACAACUGCAGUUUCACAUCAAUUUUCAGUCAACACAUUCAAAACAUUUUCAUAAACCCAAUAUUAUUUUCUUUGAGGAAACAUUUUCCAUAUAUCACCAUUUCUGAAUUUUGGAUCAGUAACCUAUAUUUCAUUAGGUCGGUGAGUAAAAGUGAAAGAGUAAGUGUCGAUAAGACUAAUUCAAGGGCCAGUUAAUGAAGAGGACAAAGCAAUGUCUGGCGCUCACAUGACAGACAAGAUAAUCACUUCACUGUCACCUUAGACCCAGUGAUCUGAGGAUCUGUAGAUAAUAGCCCCUCUGAGAUCAAGACACCUGAGAAAUAUAAUAUCGAAAUACCAAGUUAUAUAUAAAAACUGAAAGCUUCACAACACCAACAAGCAUAUUGGCCAGGGCAAACACAAUAUCACUCGCGUAAAAACACUUGGCAAAUUGGAUGUGUGGCCAUCCAACGAGAGAAAAGUUUCGCGAGAAGUAUUCCCCCCAUCCAUUUCUUAAAGGUUAAUUGUCUCACGUUAUAUUUUGAGCUUUUACCAAAUUCACGUUUUUUUUCCUUUCAUAAAAAUCGCCCAAAUUACCUAUCGUUUCACAACAAAUACUAGACUGUUAUUUUUUUUAGAUUGUCAGUACUAAGAGCAAGGUUAAUCUGCAGCAUAAUCUGAUGUUAUGUCUACGUCCCAAACAUACCUGUGAUGAUAAACGUUAAAGUGCACCUGAAGUCAUUUCUUUUUCUUUACAAUAUUUACGCUGUACAUUAUGGUUACCGUCAUAAAUACAAACAGGCUGUACAGUAUGUUGAUGUUGAUUAUAAAAUGCAUUAUUGCACGUCAAUACCUGAGCUGUUUAAGCGCGUAUAUUAAAUUAAUAUAAUUACACUAGUUACCAACAAUUAAAAUUUAUGAUAUACGUUUCUUCUCUUUGGCUAGAUUAAGAAUUCCAUACUCCAAUUUUCCAUAACUUACAGUCAAACCGUCUACGAUGAAAACAAAUCUUAACUGAAUUUUAAUCUUACCGAACACAAAAUAAAAGGCGAAGAGAAGAAAGUAAACAAGAGCGAUAAAUAUAGAAGACUAUAAUUACAUUCCUUGACAAGAAUGAAUGAAAUAAGAUUGUUGCCAGGAUGGUGAGGCUCAUGAGGUGUUCUGGGCGUUUGCGCAUUCCUUCAGAUUAGUGAUUAGUGAGAGUCGAGACGUCGCGGUAGGUGGUUGUGAAAGUUGUGUUCUUCAUCAUGCCUGGUUUCGAAGUUGGGUUUUGGUGGAUGGCAUACUUGAACUUGGUGUUGCUUCUUUGCAUCAUUCUCGCUUUCACCUUCGGCUACAAGUUCUACAGCCGCUGGUUACGCGCCAAGGAGUGUCUGCUGGUGCUGCGUCGGUUGGAGGGGCCGUCGCAUCAGCGCAUGGCCACCCUGCGCCCCCCCUCUAUGAUAGCCCCACCCCUUCCACCCAAGCCACCCACCCCGCCACGCAGUGGCAGGCUGCUGAGGAAGCUCUCCUUCAAGACCCGUCGAUCCUCCCUGGCAGCCAGUGGCCGCCGGCAAGACCAGAAGAAAGUCUCCGUCAUCGAGCUUUAGCUGUGAUAAGGGACUACCUCUCCCUGGUACCUGUCAGACGACAGUUUUAGUUACCGUACUAUAAAAAUGGAUUGAUUCCCUAGAAAACAUUUAGAGGGAGAUGACAAAUGCUAAUAAUGCAGCAAUGGUUUUAAGUUAUACAAUUUUAGAUUUAGACGUGAAAUACGUAAAUACUGGGUUAGAAAUAGUAUUGUGGAUAAAUGAAACAAAUUACCAAACACCAUUAAUAACUCGAACCCGCUGGGAGACUUCAAAUAUAGGAGUGAUAAAAGUUGGAUGUAAACGGGGCGGCCUAGUAUGGGUCACUUAUGCCUGUUGCAGUUUCCUUUAUUCUUUUCAUAUUGUCUGCACGAAGAAGGGUGUAAACAAACUAAUGAAUCUAACUUAAUUCAUUUUACUUCUCUAUAUAUAUUAUUACUAGCUGGGCGAUUAUUAUAACUGUUUAUUACACCAAUACGUACAUAUACAAAUACAGUACAGUAUACGCAAUUUUUAAACUUAUAGUCUAAUACAGUGGUUCUCAACCUUGUUUGCCCCAUGCACCCCUUUCACCAUAUGUCAGAAUGUCAUUCCCCCCUCCUUUCCAAGA